AAAUAGGCGCCUGGUGAUUUCAAAUCAACAACCACAUCCACAUAUAUACACACACACACACACACACACACACACACACACACGCGUGGAUUUAUAUGCAUUUUAAUCAUACCCGAGGCCAACGCAAAGGUGUGAGAAUGCGAGUGUGUGGAGCAAUUUAGUAGAAAGUGCAAACCCAUCAAAGGAUGCCAUAUGUGAACAGAUCGAGCAGCCGAGAGAGCGGCAUAUGAGUGAAUGAUGAAUGGAUUUUCUGUGUGUACAUGUAUGUGUAUACAUGUGUGUGUGUGUAAAAAUGGGCGAUAGGCCAAGGUAGUGAGCAAAGCAUAGUGUGAAAUUGUGUACAGCAUACAGGACGAGAAUGCGAGAUGGCAAAGAAUUCAACCAAACGAUAGAUAGGAUUAAAGGGCGGCUGGAAACGCGUAAAGAUUUUUUUCCCCAAGUUUCUUUUUUCUGUUGCUCAUCUCGUUACGUCCGGAAGCAAAAAAAAAAAAAUGAAAGAAAUAUGCGUACAUGGGGAUGCUUUGAGUGAAAGAAUUUAAGAAAAUCUCAGCACCAUCUCACCGCAGCCGCAUUUAGUGGUAUGGUGGUGAUUUCCUUAAACACUUUUCCUUCCGCUCUACCGGAAUGUGUUUUUUGCUGGUUCUUUCUUUACAAUUCUGUGUGAAAAGUGAAAUUGUGGAAAGUGUAUAAAGCUACCAGGAAAUAGAAUGGAGUGUAUUGAUUGAAAAAAAGGAAGUGAAGCCAGGAUUCCAGACCAAGGAGACGAACAGGCCGUGCUGUGGCUUUAGCAAUUGCAACUGUUGUGCAAAAUGUGUAUAAAUUAAUAAGAGAAUCUUUGUUGAAUCAGUGUAAAAAUUGGCAUGGUGAAAUCUGCCCUGCGACUUUUUGCGUGGAAAUUGUAUAAAACCGUGGGGCUUCAGUGAAAAUGGUGUUGAAAAAAACAGUGUAAAAGUGUGUCACGUUUAAUGUAUCACAUCGAUGGAGGGUUGAUUAUGGAAUCCAGUUUUUAAAAGUUAUCAUUAUAAAGGAAUCCAAAAAGCCAAAAAAGCCAGAUGGCACCGAUCAAUCUAACGCAACAGCUCAGGACACGCAUUGGACGGACGACAUGGACGCAGCGACCCAUUUCAAUCUGAAGUUGUCAGGUCACGCAUAGUCAGCGCUCGUCCCGUCCCGUACGACAUCCCAACACCUACAUUCGAACAGGGCAAUCAAUCAUUUUAAACCUGUGACCCAGCACGCCGAAACCAUUCGGAUCCGGGGAUGGAACGAAUCCGUGUAGCGCGGCGGAUAAAAUCAUUUCUCGGUGUGGCGUCCCUUCAGUAAUCAAGUUCUACAAACAGGGGUCGUAAAAAUUCCACAUACUCACAUACACUUGUACAAGCUCGAAGCUGAAACCGAUUGACGGCAAUAAAUGUCCAGCCAUGCCUGUCGGUGACAGAACCUGCGUCAAAGUUGUGGCUUCGCUCGUGACCCUGGUCGAUGGAUGUCAUCGGUGGAGUGGUUUUUCCGUAUCGUCCGGUACGUUCAGCGGUUUGUGGCUGGGACAGUAAUUAGCUUAGAAAACUGUCUGCGUUAGAGUGCUGGAAAGAAAGGGGACGAGAAAGAGUGCACGUGUGGCUGUGUGUCAGUGUGCGUCUGUGAAUAUGUUUAAGAGAAAAUGACUUAUGAAGGGUUAGCUCGCAGAGUAGAAAUAGAGUGGCAUUAAAGGAAGUAAAAGAAGGUCUCCAUACAUAUCAGCAGUAGAAACAGAAAGAGAGAAGAAAGAAAGUGAGUGUGUGUAAGGUUAAUGAAACCGUGGGUAGAAGGAGUAGUGACGCACAUUGUUGUGUAUCCUAACGAUUUUCUACGGGGAAAAAGCCGUUGGAAAGAUGAAACGAAUGAGAGCUGAACUGAGCUGGAAGUGUAACUAUUUGUUUGCAUUGUGUAAUGCAGGUGACGGUGUGAAACAUAAAGCAGCACUUCUUACUACACAUGUGUGUAUAUGGAUACGCUAAUUGGUUCCCUGCUGGUGGAUGACAUUGGUGUGGCCCGACAGCGACAGCAGGUGCGUAUAGCUGAACAAUCACACACAGUGUGGUCAGCCGGGAUCGUUACCGAGCGUAACGGGUUUGAUCAACAAGUACCGAGUACGACAUCUUCAACGAUCUUGGCCACGGUGGUAGGGGGCAGUGUAACGGCGGGCCUUGAGCCGGGGAGCAGCAUUCCGACACCGUUCGCAGUGUUGCUGGCGCACAAUCAGUCAACCGGUGACCAUGGCUUCGGCCACGGAUUCACCGGGGAUGGUGGAGACGCAGGGGGCAGUGGCAGCGGUGAGGCCAUCGUCGGCCCGGCGGCUUCGAUCGGCAUCGGUGGGUCGCUCGGUGUGCCACUCGCCGGCGGUACGACGGUAGCGACGAUCGUGUCCUCGACGCUAGCGAACGCGACCCUGUCCGAGCACGAGCUGGACCUGGACACGAUCCGCAAGGUGAUCAUCUGCAUCGUACUGUUAGCUGUGAUAUUUGGCACGAUCGUCGGCAACAUACUGGUGUGUGUGGCCGUGUGUCUGGUGCGGAAACUCAGACGUCCCUGCAACUAUCUGCUCGUGUCCCUGGCCGUGUCGGACCUGUGCGUCGCCUGCCUAGUGAUGCCACCGGCGUUGAUGUACGAAGUGCUAGGCGAGUGGAACUUUGGGCGCGUGUUCUGUGAUAUCUGGGUGUCGUUUGAUGUGCUGUCCUGUACCGCUUCCAUCCUUAACCUGUGCGCCAUCUCCGUCGAUCGGUACUGGGCCAUCACGAAACCGCUCGAGUACGGUGUGAAGCGUACGCCCCGGCGAAUGAUGCUCUGCGUGGCGCUGGUGUGGUUGGCCGCGGCCUGCAUAUCCCUGCCUCCAUUGCUCAUCCUCGGCAACAAGCACACGAUCGGUGAAGGUCCCGACCAGCGGCCUUUCUGUGCCGUGUGUGAGGAUGUCGGGUAUCAGAUUUACGCCACACUCGGAUCUUUCUACAUUCCGCUCGCCGUGAUGCUGUUUGUUUACUAUCAAAUAUUUCGUGCCGCCCGGCGAAUAGUGAAGGACGAGAAGCGAGCACAGACACGGCUCGAGAACAGUUUGGCGGUCGAUAAAACGAGCACUACCACCGCUACGACAACGACGACGACCACGUCCAUGAGCUUGAAGCCUCCGGACUCGAUCGUUCCGGCGAUGAGUGUUGGCGGCGGUUCCCCUCAUCAGAAGAAGCUCCGGUUUCAGCUGGCCAAGGAGCGGAAGGCAUCGACCACGCUCGGUAUCAUCAUGUCGGCGUUCACGAUCUGCUGGCUACCCUUCUUCAUACUGGCGCUGGUGCGGCCGCUCAUGGACGAUGACUACCCGACACUGUCGUCGUUCUUUCUGUGGCUCGGGUAUGCCAACUCGCUGCUCAAUCCCAUCAUCUACGCCACGCUGAACCGCGACUUCCGGAAGCCGUUCCAGGAGAUCCUGUACUUCCGCUGCUCCAACCUGAACAUCCUGAUGCGAGAGGACUUCUAUCACAGCCAGUACGGUGAGCCAGGGUCGCAGCGGUUCGUGCUCGAGAACGAAGGGCAGCACACGGCGCGGGAAAGCUUUCUCUAACUCUGGUUUGGUUUUGUUUGUUUAACCGCGCGGGUCGAUUGUUCCUCGUAAAAGUGCUAUCAUUCAUACCGGGAUGAUGCUUUUGGCCUAUCACUAAUAUUGUAUUCUGGUCCGAAGGAAGAAGGAAGAAGUCUGAUACAGCCGGUUCUAAGCAAUUCGUGCAGCCAUAGUAGUAUUAAAUGUUUCACUAGCACCGAUUGUCACAUGUUUGAAGACGAAUUAAAACUAUUAUCGCCUUCAGCAGUUCCCCGAGAUAAUCGAGUACUUAGGUUUCCGUGAGACAAUUGGUUGGUUGGCCUUGUUGGGAAAUUAUUAAAUUAAUAAUUACUCACCGCCACACGCACAGAUCAGAUGAAAAAUAAAAAGUGAGAUAGAGAGAGAGAGAGAUAAUGAGAGAGAAAGUAAAAAGAAAGCACAUGCUAAAUAUGCUACAAACAUAAUAAAAAAGCACAAACCACCCAAGCCGAUACAAUCACGCAGUCUACAUAGAUGGUAUGGUAAUCAUAACAAUCCAAAACAUUCGUAUUGGCCAUUCAACGCAAGCAUUAGGCUUUGUCGUUGAGGUAUAAACACAAUGCAUCUUUGUACUUUGAAGGGACUGCAAAAAGCUCACGUUAAGGGAGGAAGAAAAUAGGUGAAAAUAUAAAAAUAAGUUACUAGAGGGCAUGCAAACGUAGCAACAAACUGUUAGAUUAGUUUUGUUAGUAGCAGAUUCUCGAAUGUACGGCUAAUUGACUAGAAAGGCGAUGUCAGGUGAUUCUGUCAUAAAUCCAAGUAUAAUUAUUCUAGAUCUCAAAAGUACGAGCUUUAGUUUUUAUAAAAACGAAACGUAAUUAGUUGAAUGGCGUAAGAAAUAUGGCUUAAAAAACUCCCCAUUGAGUUUAGCAAAUCUGGCUUUGGUUAAUGUUUUUAGAGCCUAUUUCUUUACUAAUUUGUCCCUAUGAGUCGGUUUUACAGAAGGAACGGAAAAGAGCAGAACAUAAGACUUUAAUGCGAACAAUUACUAUAUCGUAAGAAUUCUGACCGUAUCUUAAGGGUUUAGAGAAGGAUAUUUGAAGAAUUUACUCGUCAAACGAAAUGAACUCUUUUAGCAUGUAAACUAUAGUGUCUAGGUGUGAUCGUUUGUCGAAGGGGAGGAUAUGCAAGGUCAAGGUGAUACACCAAGGCAUAAUUUCCGUAGGCUCUAAUUGAACGGUGUGCGUUAUACUGACCGUCAAGGUGUACACCAACCGCUCAUAUGUCGCACAUCCUUGCGAUAGUCGUAUCGGAUAAAUGUUUUUAUUUUCGUUAUUGAUUUGUAUGUGUAUUACUAUACGGCAAGGACAUAGGACUCACACCGUCAAAAACACUCCCACAAAUACAUUCGUAAUCCUACAGGAACAAAAAUGCAGGUGUAUCAAAACGAAUCUUUCAAUACACACAAAAAUAAAAAUAAAAUACCACAUCACAUUAGACAGAGCGUAAUGCUUCACUAUUUGAACGGUAGGCGUAAAGAUAACUCGAUCGUGCGUGCGAUGCGUAUUACAACUAUUUACAAUUCAGCUCUCUAAACUACCAGCUAAGCAUAACAGCGGGCAUGUGUCUAUACGUGCGCAGAAUCGAUUAUUUACAAGCAGAGCAUGAGUUGUUGCGUUGGUUUUGGACUAUUUUAUUGUUUUAUUUUUCUAUCGAUGAUUGAAUCUCUACUACAGAUCGUAUUUAUAGCAAAAAAAAAAAAAUGGACACAGACUUUACUCUAAGAUGAAGCGUGACUUGAACCGGAACGCUACUCGUAUACCUUAACUGAGCUUUUUGGGGAAUCUGUUAUCGAAACACUAGAUUAUACGAGAAAUAUCGUGAAGCUCAAACGGAAUCAUUUCUCAAAAUCAAUUCUUGAUAAAUGUGCUUCAGUAGGGAAAUAAUGUUAUGAUAUUAAAGGGGAGAUGAAAAAAAAGAAAAAUGAAAACAAUACUUCAACAUGGUAAAAAGGAGAAAGUAUUCCAACCGACCCGCUAACGGGUGGGCUGUCUAUAGUAGCGAAUGUAUUUGAAACAAAAGUCUGGUUGAUUUUAUACUGAAUUCUAUAAACGCUCUUAUUGCUACGACGAUGUAAUGAAUGAAAAAGGUAAAUAAAUAUCAACUAGAAGUCUAACUAAAUGGAUGAACGAAGAAAAGGAGCAAACUGAAAUAUGGAAUCUUAAACAAAAAAAAAACUGCUAAAACUACUCCUGCCAAAAAUGGGCACGAAAGGAGGGCACUUAAAAUAAAAUUAAAACAAAAUGGUUUGU